CCCGGCUGCCGGCAGAAUGAGCUCCAAAUCAGCAGUCUGCAAACUGCUAUCAGUGAUGCAGAAACCCAGCUAAAGUUGCUCCUCUCCUUCGCAUCCACAGUUAGUAUUUUCUGGUGUGUUAGAGGGGAUUCGAGUAACAUAUUGUGGAUGAUGCUGAUGUUAUUGCCAGCGGAGUGGGCUUUAAGCUACAGCAUGCUGUUGCUGUUUGUGAUCCACAGAGCCUAGCCAAAUCACCUCUACUGCCGUAGCAAACACUGUGUAAAUGAACUCAUGUGUGGAGGAGGCGUAAUCAGCCGGGAAAUUUCAUAGAAGGAUCUGAAAAAAUGCUAAAUAUAAGUUCAAAAGGAUUCUGCUACUGGGGUCUGGAUUUCUACAGGACCAGCAUUGCUUCUUGCUUUGAAUUCUGAAGACAGGUCCAAAGCAUAUUUCUUAUGUGUGUCUGCUGUAUUUCUCUCUGGAAGGGCGGGAGACUGCUUCUUGACUGUGGUUUGAAAUGGGAGGUAGAGAGAAUGGAUUGCCUUUAAUUCAAGCCUGAAAAUGUAUUCUGUGGAUAAUUAAAGAGAAACUGCUUUCUUAAAACAUACCUGAUCUUUUAGUUCAUAUUGGUCUAUGACCCCAUCAGCACCAUUAACCUCCAGAGUGAUUAGCCUACCCCUCUUGUAUUCCCAUGGAAGGAGCUGAGUGUAUUUAAUAUUAGGAGCACAUCCAGAAGCCUUUGAGGAGGGGGAUGGCUCUUCAUAUUCAUGAAGCUUGCAUACUUCUGUUGGUCAUCCCUGGAUUGGUCACUUCUGCUGCCAUCAGUCAUGAAGACUAUCCUGCUGAUGAAGGUGACCAGAUGUCCAGUAAUGACAAUCUGAUCUUUGAUGACUAUCGAGGCAAAGGGUGUGUGGAUGACAGCGGCUUUGUAUACAAGUUGGGAGAACGAUUUUUCCCAGGGCAUUCUAACUGUCCAUGUGUCUGUGCUCUGGAUGGACCUGUUUGCGACCAGCCAGAAUGUCCUAAAAUUCACCCAAAGUGUACAAAAGUGGAACACAAUGGAUGCUGUCCUGAGUGCAAAGAAGUGAAAAACUUUUGUGAAUACCAUGGGAAAAAUUACAAAAUCUUGGAGGAAUUUAAGCCCUCUCCAUGUGAAUGGUGUCGCUGUGAGCCCAGCAAUGAAGUUCACUGUGUUGUAGCAGACUGCGCAGUUCCUGAGUGUGUCAACCCAGUCUAUGAACCAGAACAAUGUUGUCCUGUCUGCAAAAAUGGUCCAAACUGCUUUGCAGGAACUACAAUAAUUCCAGCUGGCAUUGAAGUGAAAGUGGAUGAAUGUAACAUCUGUCACUGUCACAACGGGGACUGGUGGAAACCGGCUCAGUGUUCAAAACGUGAAUGCCAAGGCAAGCAGACUGUGUAGAACAAACUCCCAACCGAUGAUGAGUUCUUAGGAGACGACACUAUGGCUUCUACUCUGCACAUGUUUAAAAUAAAACAAAAGAAACAAACAAACUCCUGCCAGCUAUAACAGGG